AUUCCUGACUCAGGGAGCUUCCAGCGGGUCCUGUUGGCUUCUCCUCGGUGAACUGAGUCCAGCCCAGCUGCAAGAUGUCCUGCGAGAAAACCGUGUGCGCCGAGCCCUGCCCGGAACCGCGCGCCUCCGCCUGCACCGAGCCCUGCGUGGUGGCCUGCCCCGACUCCCGGGUCAUCAUCUUCCCACCGCCCGUGGUCGUCACCUUCCCGGGGCCCAUCCUCACCACGUACCCGCAGGAGACCGUGGUGGGCUCCACCGAGUCGGCCGAGCUGGCCGGGGCGCUGGAGGCGGGCGUGCCCAUCGGGACGGGCCAGAAGGGCCUGGAGUGCCUGGAGUCCUGCUGCGUGCCGCAGUUCGUGGCCAAGUGUGACCCUCCGUGUGUCACCCCGUGUGCCGCGCCCUGUGUCACCCCGUGUGCCGCGCCCUGUCCAUGUGCCACCAAGUGCGCCCCGCCCUGUCCCCAGCCAUGUGCCACCAAGUGCGCCGCGCCGUGCCCCGCGCCCUGCGCCCCCGCCCCCUGUGCCACCAAGUGCGUGACCAAGUGCGUCCCCACCUGCGCCACGCCCUGCGCCACGCCCUGCGCCACGCCCUGCGCCACCAAGUGCGUCCCGGAGCGCUCCUACACCUUCUCCACCCGCUGGAAGCACCCGUGCCAGAGGGGCCUCUGCAAGAAGAUCUGA